UUCAGACACACACACACACACACACACACACACACACACACACACACACUCACACUGCACACUAAGUUAACUUUUGUUCUUUUGUUCUGCCUCGAGAACAACUCGUGUCCCAAAGUGUCUCUUUUUUUGAAAUAAAAAUCAUGUUCUCGUGUCUUAAAACAAUGGGGAUUUGAAUUUGUGAAGGAAAAGAAAAAACAGAGACUGUGUGUAAAACCUCUGUUAUUUACCGAAAUGCACAUUUCAGAGUUUGUUCCUUUUUGUGUGUGAUCUUUUUAGAUUGCGGUGGUUCGUUGUUCUGCAUGUUCAAAUCUUGCCAAUUGUUAAUUUAAAUGCUCCCAAGAUUGCAUUUUUAAACCACCACUCAAUUCUUUUGUCAUCUGGGCUCGAGUAUUUUGCUUUUGAUUUCUUGAAUUUUCUUUUUUCGUCCUCCAUUAAAGGUGUACUGUACCCCCCCUCCUCUUAGUUCUUUAAUUAUUAGCGAAAAUUUUGUUGAAAAGCAAAUUUCUUUGAUUUUAUUUUUUUAAUCCUUUGUCUUAUCUGGUUAGUUUGGUAUCUUUGGAUUAGGAAGCACCCCCUUCUUAACCUAUUAAUAAAUUAAAAAAAAAACAGAAAAUUUCAAGAAAAGAAUCUUUGGAUAAGGGUUAAGUGAACAAGGUUGGGUUUUGAUCAAUUGGGUGUUUCUCUUUUUUAUUUAUUUAUUUAUUUAUUUAUUUAUUUAUUUAUGGUAUUUUAGUUCUAGGGUUUGGAGAAAAUGGGGGUAGGUCCUGAGGCAAUCAAUGGGGGUGUUGUGGAUUUGGGAAAUUCAAAAUCAAAGGUCAGGAGAAAAAUACUUAAUGAAGAUGAUGAAGAUGUUGCUGGGGAGAAUAGAUGUUGGAUUAAAUUCCGAUUUUUCGGGAGCUGCUUGUCUACCGGCUCCAAAGUCGAGAGCUCUGUUAGUGGUUCUAGCUCGCAAUAUGCUGAAAGUAAAUCGACAAACGAGACAAGUAGAGACCAACCAGUUGCUCCAGUUAUCUCAUCUUCAACAACCAGCAAUGCAGAAAGUGUUCCAUCGACUCCCAAAAUAGAAGAAGAACUGAAAAUAGCUUCUCAGCUUCGAAAAUUCUCGUACAAUGAGUUGAAACUUGCCACAAGAAAUUUUAGGCCCGAUAGUCUUCUUGGAGAGGGUGGGUUCGGCUGUGUUUUCAAGGGUUGGGUCAAUGAAAACGGAAUCACGCCGGUCAAACCUGGCACAGGGCUCACCGUUGCUGUCAAAACUCUCAACCAUGAUGGACUUCAAGGCCACAGAGAGUGGCUUGCUGAAGUGAGUUAUCUUGGUGAGCUUAUACAUCCGCAUUUGGUUAAGUUGAUCGGCUAUUGCAUAGAGGAUGACCAAAGGCUUUUGGUCUAUGAAUUCAUGCCUCGGGGAAGCUUGGAGAAUCACUUGUUUAAGAGAUCGCUGCCUUUACCUUGGUCUAUAAGAAUGAAAAUUGCAGUGGAUGCAGCACAGGGACUUGCUUAUCUUCACGAAGAAGCUGAAAGACCAGUUAUUUAUCGAGAUUUUAAAACUUCCAACAUCCUUCUAGAUGUGGAUUACAACGCAAAGCUUUCCGAUUUUGGGCUUGCCAAAGAUGCCCCUGAGGGUGACAAGACACACGUAUCAACUCGUGUCAUGGGCACUUACGGCUAUGCUGCACCCGAAUAUGUUAUGACAGGGCAUUUGACAGCUAAGAGUGACGUGUACAGUUUCGGAGUGGUUCUACUCGAACUUUUAACGGGAAGAAGAUCAAUGGACAAAAGCAGGCCAAACGGAGAACACAACUUGGUGGAAUGGGCAAGGCCUUACCUAGGAGAGAGAAGAAGGUUCUACAAGCUAAUAGACCCUCGUCUAGAGGGGCGUUUCUCGAUUAAAGGGGCCCAGCAAGCCGUCCAGCUGGCGGCUCGGUGCCUAAGCCGCGAAGCAAAGAUUAGGCCUGCGAUGAGUGAAGUUGUGGAGGCACUCGAGCCGCUGCCUGGUCUCACGGACAUGGCUAGCUCGUCUUCAUAUUUCCAGGCUAUGAGUGCGGCUCGAGCUGGCGGCUCGAGCCUGAAUGCUAGAAUGGGGAAUAGGCUGCAGCCACCAGCUAGGAGCCCGUCCAUGCCUAACCGUUACUACGGAUCCCCGUACCAUAAUAAUAGUAAUAAUGUUCCACCGUUUCAAUCGCCGGUUGCUAAGAAAUCGUGAGAUUUGGUGCUAUACUAAGGAACGUGCUUUUCUUUAAUGCUGUUAUUAUUAUUAUGUAGAGAUGAAUAUUUGAAUUUGAGAUGAGUUUUAGCUGAGAUUGCGGCGACUUUUGAAGAGCUGAGAUUUUAUGGGCUCUGUUUUGAAUAUGAAUGCUGACUUGAGAAGAGGAUUAGUUUGCUGUCUGAAA